AUGCAGAGGCAGGAAGUUUGUCUCCUCCACACCACUCUGCUGAUGAAGUGUGCAUUCACAGACAGCCUGUUCAGCGCCGAGGACGAAGUGUUCAUCCUCAAGCGACUGGUCGUGCUCUCCCAGCACCCACUGCUGAGUAUGCCCGAGAAGCUCUUCUACAUGGACUGCAUCCUGCACUUCCCUGAGAACCGCCCGAUCAGCUGCAGCGACGGAGACGAGACGCUCCCUGUGCUGCUGACUCCCCGGCUGGCCUUGGCUCUAAUGCCCACUGUGUUCAACGACAGCGCCACCAUGCUGGCCCGACUCAACCUGCUGUCCCUGGUCUACCUGGAGGAGGGAGAGGAAGGGGAUGGGGGAGAGGACAGGGGGGUGGCCAACCUCUACGAACACCUCAUGUCGCUGCUACACAUCGUGGAGAGCGGAGGCAGCAGAGAGAUUAUCGUCACUUUCUUCAGGGCCGCCUUCCUCUUCCUUUUGCACUUCUCCCACAUGGAGCGCUACUCGAGCAGCCUGGUGGAAAAGCUGUGUGAGCUCUACCUCCACCACACCCAGCUGGCCCCGCACCUCAUCAGCCUGGCCGACCACACACAGGACAGGCUGUCUGAGUCGAACUGGGCGGAGGAGCUCUUGAAAGCACUGCAGGGAGUCAUCACUGAGGCCCCGCUCGCCCAGCUCAACUUACAGGACCUCCGCUCUCACCUCAAGAUGCUGGCACGAGUGGCGGAAGAAGGAAAAAUCCCCCAGCGCAGCACCCUGAGCUUUCUGUCCAGCAUCAUCGCUCCAUCGACCUCCUCGCUGUGUGUAAGCGGCGACUGGCGUCUGGGGACCAGCCUGCUGGGAGUUUGCCGCCGCCUGCUCGUCCAUCCCAGCCUGGACUCGCUGCUUCUCCCCCUGGCCGACAUCCUGCAGGAUCUCACCUGCCGCUACAGCGACACAGACAUCCAGGACCAUGCCCGUCUCUACUAUACCCUCCUCACCACGCUGUCCCGGGAGAAGCUGACCGGGGUGUUAGCGCAGGGUGCGACCGAGGGAGGACGGCAGGUCAAGAAGCGAUCGCUGUCGAGCAUCGUGGCUGAUAGCGAGGGGCUGAGAAGCGCGCUAACCAUUCACCAGACGGACAAAGCAAUAUUCCGCGUGGUUGAGGUGAAUUCUGAGCCACAACAAGACACACAAGCAGAUAAAGAAGGUGACUUAAGCCAGAGUGAGACUGACAGAUGCCCAGAUGAGGUGAAGGCAGCAUUGGAAACCUACAGACUUCAGUUCAAUGACCCUGACUUUGCCUCAGAAAUUACCUUGAGCUACCAACUGGCUCACAUUCAGCCUUACGACCCCCGCUUUGAUCAGCUCUUCAGCAUCCGCCUGCACGUCAACCGCACAGAUGACCACUAUGAAGAGCUGAGCGACAUCAGUGUCCCCUGCCUCUUCACGGAGAGGUCGUCACCGGUGGUGAAGCUGCGGCUGAAGCCUCUGCGUCCCUACCCCACCACCCUUCAAGCCAGCGCCAUCUUUACCACACAGGACGGGCUCUCGUGGCACACCAUCCUGCCGGACAUCCACGUGGCGUUCCAGCAGGUCUUCAGGCCCCUGCCUGCUCCCUCAGCCUGGGGUCGUGGCGGCAAACUUCAGCUCUUUGAGGGAUUAUGGGACGAGUUGUGCUCGGAGGGCGGGGACUGUGCUACCAGUCUCUUCUGCUGCCAGCUAAAGGAGGCAGCGCUGAGGUCCUUGGUGGAGAAACACUUCCUCCCCUACCUUAUUUCAGACUGGUCCCAUAAAGAAGAGUUUAAAGUGCUUUUCUUCCUCCCCCCCAAGUCUCAUGUGCUGCUGAAAAUCUCCACAGAGGAAGACGCCGUGCACUUCGACAUCGCCACAGAUAACUGGCAGCUUUUGCCACACAUAACUUCUUAUUUACUGACAAUCACUUCCUCACAGGACGACAGUCAGAGCUGACUGUGGCACGUCUUUAAAAAAAAAAAAACCUAAUGAGCUGGCUUUUAACAAAGAUCAUUUAGUGUUUGUCUGCACUUUAAUAAAUUAAAUUGUACUAACAGAAGACGGAUGAUUUCAAAUAAAGUUAUUGCACUUUUGUUUUGUUGACCUGAGAUUAAACAGAUGAUUUUAUUCACCAAA